AUGGAUGGUGACAACACCAACAGGGAUCUAUUCCCAGCUCUGUUGGUUCAACUGUGCCGGGAGACCAGUGGCACGCCAUCUAUUCCUGAAGAGGAUUCACAAGAAUCAAUUGAGCCUGGGUCUCCUACCCCUCGGCCUCACACGUCUCUAACCACUGACGAUAAUCAAUUUGACCGCGAACCUGUUUUGCCUGUGCCUGAUCUACAUUCACUCCCAUCUGGUUCGGAGUCCAAAACUUCCAAUUCUUCUUCUUCCGAGUCCCCUCGACAGAACACCCGUUCUCAUCAGACAACUACUCAAGUUCAAUUUGCUCUUGGAGAUAGUUCUCAGUACCUACCUACAGCGAGUCACAUUGUUUCUUCCCGUGAUACCCCUCAGAGACCCUAUGAGGACGUGACUCCCAUUGCCACUCCCAGGAUAAAGUUCGGUGUCAACAAGAGACCCCGCGAGACCACCCCAGACUCGAGCACUAGCUCAGACUCUGCGAAUACAGAGGGACCCUCUAAGGACGCGACUCGAACUACCCCUCCUAUCAAGCUGAAACUUGUUCUCAAAAACAGACCUCGCGAGGCCACCCCGGAUUUGAGCACUGGUCCAGACUCUGGGAAAGCAGAGGGACCCUCCAAGGACGUGACUCGAAUUACCACUCCUAGGAUAAAAUUCGUUUUCAACAAGAGACCUCGGCAGUCCACCUUGGAAUCCAUUCCCUUGACUGUUCCAUCUGGCCCUAUCAGCAGAGAGUAUCCUUCGUCUCCCACCAAACCCGGAAUUCACUCAUCCAAUAUCGACUCUAAUCAGCUGAGACCUAUUGAAAACACGUCGGCUGAGUCCUCUUUCAUCCCAGAGUUUAGUAUGGAUCCUUCUAACUCUAGUGCUUUCAGCACAUCUCAUGAGUCUUCUUCUGAUCAUGACGAGGCAUCCACUAGUAUCAAUCCGACUUCAGAGCUUCCGGCUACCGGCGCAUCUCCUAGUCCUAGGUCAAGCUCCGACAAAGCUCCGUUCGGCUACAGCGGUUACCCGUCUGAUACACUGGAUUUCGUCCCUUCUACUCCCUUGAACCCAGCGGAUUCUCUAAUGGGUGCUUCAAUCGAGCCUUCAGUGGACCCUUAUCAGCCAUCUGAUUCAGCGGUAAUGCCAGAUAUCACCCCCUUUGGAGACCCAAAUGUCCUCCCAUCCACAUUCAUAUACCCCGAAGAGGCUCAUGACUACAGCGAUUGGGUCAUUGACCCCAUGGGCGUCUACUAUCCUGGGGAGUAUGGACGCAUCCUAGCGUCUGAGCAAGAGGUGCUGCAUCAAAUGGCUGAUCCCCAUACCGACAAUCCAACGCAUAUGUGUGGCCGAGCAGAAGAGCUGCCGCUCAUGACAAUUGCUGAUAUGGACCGUGUCCUUUCUGAGAUUGAUGCUGCCACUGAAGGCAUGGAGUCUCUACAGCCUGGAUAUUGGAACUCUAUCGGCCCUCCUCGGCCUUAUCUGAUUCAACCUUCUAUACCUGAUGUAGAUGGAUCGGUUCGUGCUCAAUACGCUUCUGCCCAAGCUGCCUCACCUAGUUUCAGGGAAACGUCCGAGGUUCCGACUCGGACCUUGCAGUCUGUAGAGGAGGCAGGCCCAGGAUCAACCACGAAGCGUGCCCGAUACAGUUCACCCAAAACAAAGAGCUCGAGCCCAGAGCUGUCAACCACAGUUUCGACUAGAACUUCGGUAUUGGUUCAGCGCCGUAGCGCCUCAUCUAGGAUCAAGACCAUGACUCCUUCGUCUACGUCAACCUCAACGCGUCUCCGUUCCAAGAAUCAGCCCGUGACACCUGCACCCACCUCAGCAUCAUCUCGUCGCCGUUCCAAAGGCAACAUAAAGACUGAGAUAGCUACUCCAGAGCCCCAGGUCACCGUCUCGCCGCGCCGCCUACGCAGCGCUGACGUCAAUCCCAGUUCCAGCACGAAGAAGAUCGGUAAGGGCAACGCAACCCCAGAGUCAUGGGAGACAGCGCCUAUUGCAGACAAGAUGAUGUCACAAAUGAAAGAGACGGCGUCGUCGUCGUGGAUGGACAUCACUACAGCAUGGAAUGAAAACCGAAAUGUCGACGAUGACGAGAUGACAUGGCGAGCGCUAAGCAAGCGAUGGGGACGCAUUAAGGAUAAGAUUGGUGUUUGGCCCGGUUUCGACGACGUCCUCCUGAAUACCAUACGGGAGUUCGAGUCAGAGCUGGAUGACGAUGGCUUUGGGCAGAUUGCUAGGGAUGUUUCAACUGAGAUUGGCUGGGAGAUCCCCAGCACGGUAUGCCAGAGUCGAUACAACGUCCUCAAGGAAUCUGGCAAGGUCAAUGUGAAGGGUAAGGGAAGGGCUCGCAAGUAA